AGUUAGCUCCCGGGGCUUGGGCUACGACUUGCAAGAGUUUAGGGGGCAACGAACAGAAUGGCCCUGGAGAUGCCUAUGCCGGACAGCCGCCCCGACGCCUAGGACUUCAGGCAGGGAUGCAGCUGGGGGUCUAGGGAAGCACUUCCACCCCUUCUGUCCUCAACCCUGGCAGGGUGGUUUCCCAAUCCUCUCAAGACAUUCAUGGAUGGAUGAGAGGAACUGACACUGAUCUCCCCCUUUGUGAGCGCCUCCUGUUCAGCUAUGGAGGAAAGCUUGCUGCCCCUGGUUGUGACCUCUGAUCCCAGGCUCUUUAACCAACAACUCCUAGAGCCUCCAGACCCAAGAUGUGUCUUGGAACCCCAGAACAGUCCUGAACUGGCGCCUGCCCUGUUGUGUGCCCUUUGCUGCUGCUUUGGAAUCAUCUACUGCUGCUUUGGCUACCGCUGUUUCAAGGCAGUGAUGUUUCUUUCGGGCCUGCUAUCAGGAGCGCUGGUGAUCUUCCUCCUAUGCCACAAGGAGCGGGUGCUGGAGACACAGCUGAGCCUGGAGGUGAGCGCAGGCAUCGCUCUGGGCAUCGGACUCCUCUGCGGCCUGGUCACCAUGCUAGUGCGCAGUGUUGGGCUCUUCCUGACUGGUCUCCUGCUAGGCCUGACCCUGGGUGCCGGGGUCCUGCUGGGCACUGAGCCCAUCUACCAACCGCCUUCAGCCUGGGUGCCAGCCGGGAGCCUGGUGGGGCUGGCACUGCUGGGAGCCCUGCUCACACUUCGGUGGCCACGCCCAUUCACAGUUCUAGGCACAGCCCUGCUGGGUGCUGCAGUGCUGGUGGCCUGUGCUGACUACUUCCUGGAGGGGCUGGCACUGGGCAGUCGGCUGGGCCAACGCCUGCAGGCACUUCCAGCCCUUCCUCCUCUCUGCUGGUAUAGCUGGGUCUUGCUGGGGGCCUGGCCCGCCCUGGGGGCCAUUGGGGCCCUGGCCCAGUGGAAGCUCAUGGCUGAGGAACAUGGAGGCCACACCAAUGCAGUGGUCUUAAGCCGCCAGCGAAGGCAUCUCCAUCUCCUUGGGCUCCGUCAGCAAGAGGCCAAGUGGCACCGGACGCCCCCCGGGGUGGGGCUGUGUGAAGGCAGCUACCGGCGCCAGCUUCCCCCCACUGCCCGCAGCCCUGCUGACAGUCUGGCUCCAAGUUUUCUCCAGAGCCUACGAGAGCGCCAGCUGCGGCCAGGUACCCAGGCCACAGCCCCGCCUACCAUCCUGGACCUGGAUUCUGACUGUGGUUCCACGGUACCCCUCACCACACCCUCUGGUUCCACCCAGACCUGAACCUAAACCUCUACUGAUACCCCCACCCCUAGCAAGGGGUCUGGGAACAGUAGGUGAGCAGGGCCUGAGCUCACAGGACCCACACACAGAAUUCCCCACCUCUUGGACUCGGGGAUAGGAUCUGUGCACCAAACAAGCCCAGGUCUGUAGGAAUGUGUUUUAGAGACAGAUAGAAUGGCAUGUUGGGGGAGGGGGAGAAAUGGAAGUGUGAAUACCUACUUCUGUCCAAUAUUUGAAGUGCCUUGGUCCCCAAAGAAACUGACUCUAAUCCCCUCCAAACCAGAGGGCUCUUUUCCAAAUCACCUCUCUUUUAUACUACCCACCUUAGUGUGCCUCUCAAUGGUGAAAUAAGCGGUUUUGUUUUCAUAGGACCUAUAGAAAAUCAGCACUUGAUAGCUUUUUGAUGGGGAGAAGGGCACAGAUGAUUCCAAUCUCCAGGUCCCUCAUUAGGGAGGGGAUAGUUGGGUUUCUGGUUAAUCUUUCCCCCAGACCCCACAGGCUUGAGCCCCCUUCUUCUACCUCAGCUGGGGACACUGUCCUCCAUAAUGCUUCCCCUUUUCUUUCUUAACCUGGGGAAGACUGCAGGGCAGUACCUGGUUCAGAGCCUGACCCUCCAAAGUUGGCUUCUUGCUCCAAGGAUUGGCCCACAUGCCAGAGUCUUGCCCAUUGGCCCAAAACAGCCUGAUUUUCAGGGCUGCAUGGGAGACAAGUGCCUUCUCAGCCUCUCACUGUGGAUGAUACUAAUUUCCUCCUUAACCAGAACUUUGCUCCAGCCACUAACCCACUCUAACACUUCCCACCUCUGGGUCUCCUGCCCAAAGUCUGUUCCCUUGUUCCCCAGACAGCAAGAAGGAAGAUAAAUCCCUCCCCUGGGCAGCAAGGCUAUGAUGGGAGGGAGGAAGAACCUGAGAGCAUGUGAAUAAAAUGGCACUGAAUACUGAA